AUGCGGUCCCAGUCGCCGAACAGCAAGACCUGCAUCGCCGCCACGCGCAGAGAGCCGUGGCCUGACUUCCAAUGUCCCAAACGAGUCGAGGUCACAUUUCGCGGGAAGCUUCCUCUCCUGUUCAGCUUCACCGGAUUUCUCUUGCUUUGGCAGUUCUCCUGCUUCGCACUCCUCCUGCAGGCUGGUGCACUUCACGCGAUGAUGCUGCUCCAGCUGAUUUCGGCCGAUUUCCUGGCAGUGGUGUCGCAGCUGUACGUGUGGUCCGUCUUGCUCAGCUCCUUCCUCCGCUUGGGAGACACCUGGGCAGUCAGGUCGCCCCUGUUCUGUGUCUCAGUGGCCUCAGCAGUGGCGCUUCGCUUGCACACGCAGCGGCCGAGAUGGCGGGGGCUGCUCUUGGGCUUUGCGUCAUGGUUUGCAGUCGCAGCUUUGCUCCGGCUGUCGCUGCCUUCAUCCGAGGACGAUGCGCACAUCCAGAGUUUCCUUCUCUUCAGAGUCCAG